AAGAUGGUGCAGCGCGGAGGGACAGAUGUGUAGUUGCGCGACGUCCCCAUGUCAAAAUCGCCAGUGAAUAAUCGCGCGGACGGCGGCCGAUAUGCGAGCGGGCAGUCGCGCGUAGCCCGCAGGUGGGAUUGAGCUCGCGGCGCCGCGUGAGAUCCGUCAUCGUGGGGCAUCCGGGUGGCUGCGGAUUCGUCAUCGCGGCAACCAAGAUGCUGGAGAAUCAACCAUCGACUGGUAGCUAAAUAAAUUGAAUGACAUGAAAGAAUGAAACGAGAAACUGUCAUUACCUGUGUAGAGCCUGACCGACGAGCGCAAACGAUGACGACGGUACUGGACAGUAGCUAUCAACGCAUACAGCCUUACGAGGGGCAGGAGGAGGAUGCGGACGAUGAGGACGAUCGCGAGGAAGCGCCUCCGGAAUCAGGUGUCAUCAUCCACGUAGUGCCGGAGAGUAACAAAGCACGAUGGAAUCACGUCGAAGACCUAGAUUCAUUCUUCACGCGAAUGUACCACUAUCACCAGCAGCACGGCUUCGUCUGUAUGAUGCUCCAGGAACUUAUGGAAUUAGUGCAUUUCUUCUUCGUCGUCACGUUCGUCACCUAUCUCUUUCACUGCAUCGACUACGGCAAAUAUAGUGGCGGCGGGGAUACGAACAGCACCAGCCACAAAAGCGAUGCCAUAAUAGGCAUAGGCGAUUGCGUGAAGACGAUCUCUUCGUUCUAUUGGAGCCUCCUCGUGGUCGCGACGAUUUUCUUUAUUCUCCAAUUCCUCAAAGGCUUAUACCACCUGUCGCAAUUCUGGGAGAUCAAAAUGUUCUUUAAUACCGCGCUGAAAAUCGCCGACGGCGAGCUAGACAAUUACACGUGGCACGAGAUACAGAAGCGCGUGAUAGAAGUGCAGAAGGAGCAAGAGAUGUGCAUACACAAGAGAGAACUUACGGAAUUAGAUAUAUACCACAGGAUAUUGAGACAUAAGAAUUACAUGGUAGCUAUGAUCAACAAGUCCCUCUUACCCGUGCGGCUCAAAUUCCCCAUCAUAGGGGAAGUCAUAUUUUUGACACGAGGAUUGAAAUACAAUAUCGAAUUAUUACUGUUUUGGGGACCGUGGUCACCAUUCGAAAAUAAUUGGCAUCUAAAAGAGGAUUAUAAAAAGCUGAGUAAAAGGCAGGAACUUGCGCGAUCACUGUCUAAGCAUAUUCUAUGGGUCGGUAUCGCCAAUUUCUUCUUGUGUUUCCUUAUUCUCUUGUGGCAGGUUCUGUAUACAUUUUUUAAUUACGCGGAGACUAUCAAACGUGAACCAAGCGUUCUAGCGAUGCGGACGUGGUCUUUGUACGGUCGGUUGUACCUGCGUCACUUCAACGAACUCGACCACGAAUUGAACGCGCGUCUUAGUCGCGCAUACCGUCCCGCCUCCAAGUAUAUGAGCAGCUUCACAUCCCCGAUAAUGACGAUAUUCGCCAAGCACAUUGCGUUCGUCACCGGCAGCGUGUUGGCGGUAUUGCUGGUCAUAACAUUGGUCUACGAGCCGAUAUUCUCGAUGGAGCGCGUGGUCGCCUACAUGACCAUGCUGGGCGCGGUCGCCGCGGCCGCGAAGGCAAUUAUACCCGACGAGAAUCUGGUUUGGUGUCCCGAGACUCUUCUAACUGCCGUGCUGGCCCACACUCACUACAGACCGGACAGUUGGCGAGGAACUGCUCAUACGCAUAUCACGAGGGCCCAAGUGGCGCAGCUCUUCCAGUAUCGCGCGGUGCAUCUGCUAGAAGAGCUCGUCUCUCCAUUCGUGACGACAUACAUUUUGUGCUUCCGUAUGAGACACCGGGCCCUAGAGAUAGUAGACUUUUUUCGUAACUUCACGAUCGAAGUGGCCGGAGUUGGUGACGUGUGCAGCUUCGCCCAGAUGGACGUGCGUAAACACGGCAAUCCCAUGUGGCAGACUGUAGCGCACAGUCCCACAGUCUCACCCCUGCCGGGGGAUAGCACGGGAUACGGCAUUGAUUCGGACAAGUACCAAGUACCGAUGUCGAAUCACUAUGCCCAGGCAGAGGAUGGCAAGACCGAGUUAUCCCUCAUACACUUCACUCUGACGAAUCCCGAAUGGAAGCCGCCGUCCCACGCAGAAAAUUUCGUAACUGCUUUGAGAGAGAGGGCUAAGAAGGAAGUAACUGCCGACCCUGAUCCUUACAACAAUCCUCUGAUAGCUAGUCUGAACAGCCUGUCCGGUCUUGGUUACAAAGACCACGUGUCGAAUAUUAUUCGAAGUACGAUAAAUCAAGUGAGCGUACCUAGCAUGAGUAACAUUUUCACAAAUCAGCCGGGUACAUCGGCCACAUCGGUCGGCGCCGAUCAAUCGUUUGCCACCAAGUCUACCAUUCUACGUCGAGGUGUGUCCAAGACGGAAGGUCCGUUGCACAAUGAUAAGGGAUUCCUAUAUGAUUUGCAGCAAGGUAUAUCAAAUCAGUCGCUAGGCGCUUCUGUAUUCGGAUCGGGCCACAGUUACGUUAUGGAGACGCAUACAGAUCCGUAUGUACCUACAGAAUUAACCGCUGCCGACAUGUCUCUGUCUACAUUGUACCUGCACGAGCUUCAUCAUAGACAAGUAAGAAGAAGGGGUUACCACGAAAUGGCAACGAGAAGUAUAUGGCAGCGAAGCCCGGUUCAAGAGCUAGCGACACUUCCCGAGGUUAGACAAGAAAGAAUACCGCUCCUGUUGCAUCAAGAUUCCUCUUUGAGGAAACCUAGAGAGUCCUAACCCUAGAAAUUUCAUUUAAAUAUCGUCCGAUUCGCGCAAUAAUCGUCAUUUUUACAAGAAUAAAAUGGUUUUUAUCUGUUUUCUUAUGACGAAUCUAUGAUUUAUUUUACGAUAAGCGAAUAAUCGCGAUAUGCCCGAGAUUGGAUUCGUCUACUUUCUCUGUAUUGUAUAGAGGUUAUUAUGUCUUCUAAAUAUUUUUAAUUACACAGAAUGCAGAGAGAG